GACACCUCAGGUGACACCGUGGAAGCAGGAACCGAGUCUACACGCAAACACAGCAAGGGAGAACUUAGAAGGAGCAAAGAGCACACCACAGGUUACCACCUACCGCCAACAUGGCACCACGCGCGACGGAGCCGCGCCAUGUGCUCACUGUGCUCAAUCUUGCCCGGCGUAAGGCUCUAUACACGCUCUUGGUCGAGAUCACAGCCUUCAUGCGCUCGCAGAUUGAUUUUCACGAACCCCAGGCCGCAGAAAACGCCCCGGGCGACAAUGCACCGCUGCUGAUUGACCCGUCCGCCGAGAACAGCAUCGUCAUCCCGCCGGCGGGAGCAACACCGGGAGGAGAUGCGGCCCCGCCCAGCCCGGCCCUCGUGCGCCUCCGGGCCGCGGCCGUUGAGCACUUCGACGGCUGGCGGAAGGAUGUCAUGGGGAAGUUCAAGGAGUUGCUGUCCACGCCCGACGACGCUGCCAUCUUGGAGGAGCGCCGCAAGCGCACUGCGCGCAUCGCCCAGGAGGAGCAGCAGCAGCAGCGCCGGACCGGGGAUCACGAUAGGAAUCAGCGAGAGGGCCCGAGCGACGACGAAAGCAUUGCUGAGGCUGUGGCGCGUCUACAGGCCUUCUGGCACCCCAUCCCGACGCGGCUGGCGACGAUUCCCGAGGACGACCGAAAGGAGGCGCUCAGCUGCGUGUUGUUGAUGCUGCUCUCGACGGGGCAUUACUCGGCGAACUCGAGGGCGCUGGCGGUAUAUCUAACGUCGGCGUUGGAGCUGCCCCUAGCUGUCCUGGACGGCGAGGAGGUGGAGAUCGCGAAGUCGCUCGUUGAGCGCUCGACUGACGCUGCCGCGCAGCAGCGCACCAUGUCGGCUGAGGCCGAGGCCGAGAAACGGAAGCAGCAGAACCAGUCGAGUCGUUACUGGAAGGUCGGGCUGGCGUCAGUGGCGGGUGCCGCCAUUAUAGGCGUCACUGGUGGCCUUGCCGCCCCCGUAGUGGCCGGGGCGAUUGGCGGUCUGAUGGGGUCAGUAGGCCUGGGGGGAGUUGCGUCCUUCCUGGGCGUGUUCUGGAUGAACGGUGCUCUGGUUGGGACACUAUUUGGCGCGUUCGGGGCCAGGAUGACGGGUGAAUUGGUCGACCAGUAUGCCAGAGAGGUCAAAGACUUCCGCUUCAUCCCUCUGAAAGACGAAUGGGGCACGAGGACCCCGAGCGAAGACGACAGGCGACUUCGAGUGACCAUCGGCAUCAACGGCUGGCUAACCUCCAAGGACGACGUCACCAAACCAUUCCGGGCUCUGUGCCACGAGUCGGAGGCGUUCGCCCUGCGCUACGAGAUGAAGAGUCUUCUGGGACUGGGCGAGUCCUUGCAGGAGCUGGUCUCUUCAUAUGCGUGGAACACCAUCAAGGUCGAGAUCCUCAAAAGAACUGUAUUGGCGACCCUGUGGUCAGCCCUCUGGCCGGCCUAUCUCUUGUCGAUGGCCAACGCCGUCGACAAUCCCUUCAGUCUCGCUAAGAACAGGUCCGAAAAGGCGGGGGAGAUCUUAGCAGACGCCUUGAUUAACAGGGUGCAAGGUGAGCGCCCGGUCACGCUCAUCGGGUACUCCCUCGGUGCACGGGUGAUCUACUCAUGCCUACGCUCACUGGCUGCGCGGCGUGCUUUCGGUCUCGUCGAUUCCGUCGUGUUCAUCGGCGCCCCGGUUCCAUCGAACAAACGACACUGGGAGAUGAUGCGAACUGUCGUGUCAGGCAAGCUUUUCAAUGUCUAUUCUGAGAACGAUUACCUCCUCGCCUUCCUCUACCGCGCGACCUCCGUCCAGCUCGGUGUUGCUGGUCUGCAGCAGAUCAGGGACGUCGAAGGCGUAGAGAACCUCAACCUCAGCGACGAGGUCCAGGGGCACAUGCGGUAUUCCAAGAUCAUUCCGAAGAUCCUCGCCAAAUGUGGCAUACCCGUGGUCAAUGGUGCCGGUGGCCCCAUCGAGGAGGACGAGGACAUCAUCAAGCUUAAUGACUUGGAUAAGGACAACACGGAUCUCAUCGAUUUUGGCGGCCUUGAUCUCGCGGGUUCGCCCGGGAAGAUCCAACAGCUGCGGACACCUCUGACGCACAGCGCUACGCCAGAGCCCCAGCCCUCCAAGGCUCAGCUCAACAAGCAGCAGACUGCCAUAGUGAGGCCAAAGCCUGCUGCUGUUGCAGCUAGCCAAGAUCUACUAGAUCUCGACUCGCCAGAUAUGGCCUCAUCCACACCAACCAUGACAGCGGAGUCGCGGCCUGCCUCCACUUCCAAACCUCAGACGCAAGCUCACCCACAACAAGAGUCCAGUCUGCAGAGACCGGUGCACUCUGAGCGUGUUCACACGGAGCCCAUCACGCUGAAGAAGGAUGACACGCUCCGGCCAGCGCAUGGGGGGACACCGGAUCGCACAGCUUCCUUCCCGAGUUUCCAACAGCCGGUGUCGCCGGUGCUCAUAUCGUCGCACAGCUAUAGCCCGAAGGACCACGGUUACGAUGAUAAUGGUGAUGAUAGCGAUGAGGACGGCGGAAUUGCAAUCAAGAUGGUGGACAACGAUCAAGAUCAUCUCGCGCACUGCGAUCCAACGCCCAUGGGUGACUUAGCAAGUUGGAGAUGAAGGUCUGUCUACCUACCUAGUUGGGUACCCAGUAUCACUGUAUACCACGCGAGGCACGCAAGAAUAUGGCAAUCACCAGGUGCCUUAUUGGCCGCAUGAUGCGUGGCAAACAGGUACCGCAUAUAUUACGAUGCAAGAAAGGCUUGUUUGAUCUAUCUAUCAAUUGGGCAUCGGGUCCCAUAACUGCCAAGUAUAUCUC